GUUUUGCAUCUGAACGAAAGGAGAGAAUAACAAGCGAAUGCAUGCAUCAACGACUUUUAUUCCCACUAACCCACGCGCAUCUCACAUGAGACGGCAUCGCAGGCCGGUUGUAUGAGGACCUGGUGCUACAUCUAUUAAGCUCUGAACACAACCUGCGACAGUGUUAGAACAAUGACGGCCAUCAACGUACCUCGGGACAAAUACAAUGCAGUUUGGAUCAUUUUCUUCAUCCUGGGCCUGGGAACCCUCUUACCAUGGAAUUUCUUCAUGACAGCAACAAUGUACUUUACCAACAGACUGAAAGACCCACCAUCUGCCAAUAUGACUGCCAAUCAGACUUUGGUGGACACUCGCAAUGUGCUGGAGUCAAAGUUUAACAAUGUGAUGACGCUGUGUGCUAUGGUACCUUUGCUCAUUUUCACCUGCCUCAACUCCUUCAUACACCAGAGGAUUCCUCAGAAGCUGCGGAUCUCGGGCAGCUUGACAGUCAUCCUGGUGGUUUUCAUGCUAACAGCGAUACUUGUCAAAGUGGAUGUGGCCCCGCUCCCCUUCUUCGUCCUCACUAUGAUCAAAAUUGUCUGCAUCAAUUCGUUUGGAGCGAUUCUUCAGGGCAGUCUGUUCGGGCUGGCAGGGAUUCUGCCUGCCUCCUACACCACUCCCAUCAUGAGCGGACAGGGCCUGGCCGGCACCUUCGCUGCCGUCUCCAUGAUCUGCGCACUGGCCACUGGAUCUAAACUGCAGGACAGUGCUUUUGGAUACUUCAUCACAGCCUGUGUUGUUAUUCUUCUGGCCAUAAUGUCCUACCUCACUUUACCCAAGAUGGAGUUCUUCCAGUACUACAUGGAGAGUAAUGGCUCCAAACAAUCUGUUGACGAGGAGAACAAGAUGGAUUUACUCAAAAAAGAAAGUCCCGGAGAGAAGCGACCAGUGGUGAGUCUGAUGGACGAGGAGACCAAACCCAGCGUCUCUGUGAUUGCCAUCUUCAAAAAGAUAUGGGUGAUGGCUCUGUCUGUGUGUUGCAUCUUCUGCGUCACCAUUGGAACUUUUCCAGCCGUCACCGUUGAAGUCGAGUCGAAAAUAGCAGACGGGAGUGCUUGGAAAACCUACUUCAUCCCAGUGUCGUGUUUCCUCCUCUUCAACUUGAUGGACUGGGCCGGUAGGAGCCUGACGGCCGUCUGCAUGUGGCCGGGUAAAGACAGUGUUUGGCUUCCUGUCCUGGUUAUUCUGCGAGUCAUCUUCAUCCCGCUCUUCAUGCUGUGUAACGUCCAGCCUCGUCACCGCCUCCCGGUUGUAUUCGAGCAUGACGCGUGGUACAUCUUCUUCAUGAUCCUCUUCUCCUUCUCCAACGGAUACCUGGCCAGCCUCUGCAUGUGCUUUGGACCCAAGAAAGUGGCACAGCAUGAGGCGGAGACGGCGGGUGCCAUCAUGGCCUUCUUCCUGUCCCUCGGCUUGGCGCUGGGCGCCGCAACCUCCUUCGCUUUCCGGGCAAUGAUCUAAAAUCUCUUGAAAAGAUGUAGAUAAGACCACCUCGCCCUCAUCAGCCGGCCUGGAAUGAACAGACCUCAGUCUUCCACACGUGUCAUAUAGAGACUUCUUCACCCAGCAGGGGUUGAAACAUGUUACUGAAUAUUUUUUAUUAUUAUUAUUUUCUCCAAACUCAGCAGCAAAAGAAAUUUCCUGUAUAUUUUUUUUAAUGAAGACCACUGAUCAAUCAAGUUGCUGAGUAUAAAUCAAAACCAAAAGUGUUUAAAAAAAUAGUUUUAGUGGACUCAGAUAGAAAAAAGCAGAAAUCCUUCCAGCUGUGAGUAAAGUUGUUCCCACCAGUGUUUGUAAAGAACAGUUAGUAUCCCACAGUAUUCUGAACAGGAUAUAAAGCUAAAUAAUCUUUUUUUUUGUAGUAAGUUUUCUUGACUAGGAGCAGUCACAUUUUUAUAAACGAAAAGCUUUUAGAUGGCUGGUAAAUGCUUUAAAACGGGGUUGUCGGAUGCUGCAGCUCAACCAGUCUACUUUUAAACCACCAUGCUAAAUUAGUAAACUGUGAUCGUUACGUGGACGUUUACACAUCAGGUAUGAAAAUGAUACGUCAUGCUGUGUUAAACAGUUUUUAACUGUGAUCAAACCAAAUACACAAAGACAUGGUGGGGAAAAUAACGAACUCUGAAGGGAAGCCAUAAUCCAUCAAACACUUUCUGAACUGCUUCGCUCCGUUUCUGCUGUCAGUUUUCAGCUCCAGUUGGUUGUGUUCUUUAGCUUCCUCAGAACAAAGCAGUGUGAACUUGAAGAAUGCAAAACCAAAAAAGAAAAGGAUGAAGUUUCAAUUGGUACUCCAUAGUCUUAAGACUCUUACACACCAAGCUGAGUGCUGGCCAUCAGUCAGUUUUUCUUUUAAUGCAUGAGUCCGUUAGUGUCCGUGAGCUCUGUGGUGUUCAUGUUACACAUAGUUUUAAAUGCUUCGUUAAAGGUUUAAUAUAAAGAAUAAUGAGUUAAUUAAAAUUGAAAAUUGGUUUUGAGUCUGUACAUGUUAAAUAUGUCAGAUGUUUAAACCUUUAAAACUGAACUAAUUAUCUGAAUAUUUUCAAACAUGGUUUAUUUCAUUAUUCUGGUCGAGUUUUUCUCUCUAUAUCAUGGCCUUUUGUGUAGUUCAUGGUCUUUACAGAAGUGCCAUUUUUGUGUUCCCUCACAGGGUUACUAUGGGAGACGACGCAGUGGGGAUUCAUAGUUUGGUGUGUAAGAGUCUUUACUGAUUCACUUCAGUUGUUUCUGAUAAGGUCAUAAGCAGCUGGGAUAAUACAUCAGUUUGACUUGAAUGGAACAAUUUUCUGUUGACAUUUUUGGUGGAUAUUAAGUUGUUUUUUUGUUUUUUAUUUGGUGCUGUUACUGAUAAAACAAAGGAAUAAUACCACCAUGUGUUCUAAAAGCAACAUCAAUAUGCAAAAUACAUGCAGCUGUUAAUUAAAAAUUACAUGUGCCAUUGUGCAAAGUGAUUAGCAGUAUUUUUAAAUCUCACUCAGUGAAGAUUAGUUUCAAUUGAAUCUCACUUGAAGAUAAGUUUGGUACCAGAAGAAGUUCUUAUAUUUGUUGGGGAUUAGAGGGCUGACCAUGUGUUUUUGUUUAUAUGCAUUUUGGGGCCUUUUUUUU